AUGAGUGAACUACAACUUAGACAUUGGGAUAUAGCGGUGUUGACAAUAAGUGAUCGUGUAUCACGUGGACAAGCUAUAGAUCAGUCAGGACCAGAGUUGGUCUCAAUUCUAAAGAGUCAACUUAAUAUUUUGUUGGAGAGUCAGUUGGGACCAGAUCAUGCACCUCAAAAGGUAAACAUCGUCUACAAGGUGGUACCCGACGAGAUCGAAGCCAUACAACAGAUCGUCAAGGGAUGGAUUGGACAACAGUUCAGAAUGAUCUUGACCACAGGAGGUACGGGCUUUACAGCACGCGACGUCACACCCGAAGCCAUCGAGCCAUUGUUGGAGAAGCGUGCACCAGGCAUCGUCGUCUCGAUGCUCAAGACCAGUCUGGACAUCACCCCGCACGCCAUGCUCAGCAGACCGGUUGCAGGCAUUGCCGGUAUCACCCUUAUCAUCACACUGCCAGGAAGUGUCAAGGGUGCUCGCGAGAACUUCAUCUGUGUCAUGCCCUGUCUGCCACAUGCGCUCGCACUCUUAUCUAGCAAUGUAAAGGCAUCGCUGCCUGAGAGCCACCAAGCAAAGGACUAUGACAAGAAUCAACAGCCACAACAGCCACAACAAGGUCAUGGACAUUCACAUGGUCACUCUCACGGACAUGGUCACAGUCAUGGAGGUAACGAUGCACAAGGUCAUCGUCAUGUAUGUGGUGGAGGUAAGCACAGUGAAAGAGGAUCACCAUACCCAAUGAUUGACGUUGACAAGGCAGUGGGCAUGAUCUUGGAGCAGUGUGGCGAGAAGAGAGAGACAAUCAAGGUGGAUCUUGCAAAGUCGUUGGGCAUGGUAGUCGCAGAGGAUAUAUCAUCAGUGGAUCCAUUCCCUCCUUUUAGAGCAUCGAUCAAGGACGGUUACGCAGUCAGGGCUAAGGAUGGUCCUGGUCGUUACACUGUGCUCGGUAGCUCAUUGGCGGGUGGCGGAGAUGCCAACCAACUGUCAGAGGAGGGAAAGUCACAGUCAAAGACAUGUGUCCGUAUUACAACUGGUGCAAUGGUUCCAAGUGGAUACGACGCUGUCGUGCAGGUCGAGGACACCAAGGUCGUGAAAAAGGCCACAGACAAGGACCCAGAGGUCAUCGACAUUGAGGUGGCCGUAACCGAAGGACUUGACAUCCGUCCAGUUGGCAGUGACAUCAAGCCAGGCACAUUGGUACUCAAGCGAGGCGAGAAGAUUGGCGCAGCAGAGAUUGGAUUGUUGGCUACACUUGGACAGACCGUGAUCUCAGUGUUCAAGGCACCAACCAUCACAAUCAUCUCAACAGGCGAUGAGCUCGAGCCACACGAUACCAAGCAGCUCAAGGAGGGCUUCAUCAGGGAUACCAACUCAUUGACUAUGGCUUCGAUUGUCAAGGAAUCUAGCGAGCACUUUGGAGAGUGUGGAGGCAACAGUGUCACAAUGUAUGGAAUCGUCCGCGACAAGGUCGAGCCCCUCGAGGAGGCGCUGACAAAGUCAGCCGAGACCUCAGACGUCAUCAUCACUAGUGGAGGCGUGUCAAUGGGUGAGCUAGACCUCGUGAAGCCCCUGCUGGAGAAGUUGGGAAAGGUGCACUUUGGCCGCGUCAACAUGAAGCCAGGCAAGCCACUCACAUUCGCAACAAUUACCAAUGCCACUACCAGCAAGAAGACACUGGUGUUUGCCCUGCCAGGCAAUCCAGUCAGCACGAUGGUCACCUACUAUCUCUUUGUGAUGCCGGCUCUGCGCAAGCUGUCCGGCCACACCUCAUUCAAUUUGCCAAUGAUCGAGACCAAGCUGGGCGAUCGAGUCAGAAUGGAUCCCGAGCGACCAGAGUACCACCGCUGUCUGGUCAGUUGGGACUUCAAGGAGCACUGCUUCGUGUCGGCCAGCACCGGCGCCCAAGCUUCAUGUCGUUUGUUGAGCAUGAAGAAGUCCAACGCCUUGCUGGUGUUGCCACAACGCGAAGGAUACCUUGAGAAAGGAACCGUGAUCAAUGCCAUCAUUAUCGGGCCCUUGGUCUAG